CCUCCCCUCCUCCCUCCUUCCUUCCUUCCCUUCCUCCCUCUCUCCCUCCCUCCCAGCUCCUCCACCAGGAAACAACCGGAUUCCGGAUCCCGGCUGCGGCCUGACCCGGCUCCACGCUGGCCGGGAGAAUGAAAGGCCUCAGCCGGGGGCUCCCUGCCACCAGCACUGGGUCCUAAGAGCUGCCAUCCAGGCUGGCCGCCCGGAUGGCGACCCCAGCCUCAGCCCCAGACACACGGGCUCUCGUGGCUGACUUUGUAGGCUAUAAGCUGAGGCAGAAGGGCUAUGUCUGUGGAGCAGGCCCUGGGGAAGGCCCAGCCGCAGACCCGCUGCACCAAGCCAUGCGGGCCGCUGGAGACGAAUUUGAGACCCGGUUCCGGCGCACCUUCUCUGACCUGGCCGCCCAGCUACACGUGACCCCAGGCUCAGCCCAGCAGCGCUUCACCCAGGUUUCUGACGAACUUUUCCAAGGGGGCCCCAACUGGGGCCGUCUUGUGGCGUUCUUUGUCUUUGGGGCUGCCCUGUGUGCUGAGAGUGUCAACAAAGAAAUGGAGCCACUGGUGGGACAGGUGCAAGACUGGAUGGUGACCUACCUGGAGACACGCCUGGCUGACUGGAUCCACAGCAGUGGGGGCUGGGCGGAGUUCACAGCUCUGUACGGGGCCGGGGCCCUGGAGGAGGCACGGCGUCUGCGGGAGGGGAACUGGGCAUCAGUGAGGACAGUGCUGACGGGGGCUGUGGCUCUGGGGGCCCUGGUAACCGUAGGGGCCUUUUUUGCUAGCAAGUGAGAAAGUCGAGGGCCAGGUGGGGCUAGGUGAGGCUAGGGGCCAGGAGAGCUGGGACAGAAUAGAGACUGCCCUCGGGAGGAAUUGGAUGGUCAUGGAACCCAGAAGGGCAGGGAAGGUGGUGUGUGAGGGAGCAUGCCAGGCAGGUGGCGGGAAGAAUGAGUUGGAGACAUUAAGGAAUAUUUCAAGGCCAGGAGCCCAGGAGACGGAGUCCUCCCAGGGCUUGGGGGGAGACAAGAAGCAUGCCCGUGUUAUGGGCACACGACUACCCAGAACACGGCGUGUAGCUCCGAGAGAGGUGGACUUCUUUUGAAGAGUUGUGUCUCCGUUAGAUGAGUGGGGUGGAGGGGACCUAGUUACACCUCCCUUUGGAAUGGCAGCUUGGCGAUCAGGUGACCGGAUGUAGUGGCUGUGGCUGUGGGUUGCGUGGGCUCACGUGCAUGCUGGGCUGUUUGUCGACUCUGGUGAUGGAACACUUAGAGAAAACAUUCCUUCUUGCAGUGACAAGAACAAGGGCCAGUUCACUGCCCUUCUCCUCUCCGCCCCUACCCCUGACCUUAGGCCUACAGGCUGAGGGAGGAAGACUGUGUCUAGACUAGGGCGCUGGCGCUGCUGAAAGUUGUUGGCAGGGGCUUUGGAGAGAAGAGUUCUGCAGCUGGCCUUGUUCUUCCUUGUCCCCCUUCUGUGUCCAUCUUCGCACCUGGGCUGACAGAGGGUAAGGCUGUGGAGCCCAGUAGGUAGAAGCGUGGGUAGUAGGACCUGCCUGCCACCUUCCCCUCUAAUGGGGGCACAAUGGUGCCUCAGGUGUUGCCUCUUUCUAGGACCUCUCUAUCCAGCUGAAACUCUAAAUUGGGGCUCUAGUUUUCCCUUGGAAGAUAGGACCUAAAUGCUGAUCUAGAAUUCAGUUUGGGUCCUGAACUGUCUCGGUGAGACUGCCAAUGCCCGGAGAGGACCAUUCCAGCUCUGAGCCCCUUGGGUGUGAUGGUGACAGGUACUCCUUGACUGGCCUAUUCUGUGUGGUGGGUUUUGGUGCUGCUUUAUCAGGGGCCAGAUAUAUGGGUAUAGAGUACCUGCCAUGACCUAAACACAUUUCUGUUUCUUUUGAGGCCAUGCUCCUUGCACAGGUGUUAUUGUCCUUGCAGAUGCUGACAUUAGAACCCACAGACCAGUCCUCUAGAACAGAUCACACUCUAGCUUUUUCUUUUGAGGGAGGAAUUCUUCACUCCAGAUGCAUGCCCUGAGCCAGACCUCACUGCUGCACUUUCCAAGGUGCUAACAUUGCUGCUCUCCAGUGCUGACUUUGUUCACAGUGCUCUAGAACCCUACCCAUGAUCCCGAGCACUGAUCAACUUAGCAAGACCACAGCCGACUUGACUUUUCACUUGGUCCUAGAAUGUGGCAUCAUAUUGUGCGUGCUAGAAUGUGGGACCAAAUUGGCCUCAGGUGUUUAGUCCAGACUUUUGCUUUGGAGAGAAGGUUGCACUUUUUGAUGGUGUCUGUGGGGAUGUGGGAGACUGCAUGUGCCAGUUGGUCUGUUUUGAGUGUGCUGAUCUAAGAAACUCAGAGCUGUCUGUGGCCAGCAGUUGGAGUGGGAGGCUCUGACUUGCUCAGGACAAACUAGGCCAGUGGUUUUCAAACUGCUUGGCAGAGCCCCGAAGUGUCCCAGGGGUUGCCUCAGGAGUCCUUAGGGAGAUGAGGAGUGGAGGGCUGGGCAGUUUGCCCUCAGACAGAACAGCUCUCCUGUAGCUGUCUUAUGUAUCGGGGUUCAGGGUAAGAUUUUCUUUGUGGUAAGGGCUUUGCUGCUGAAACAAGUUAGAAAACCACUGACUAGACCAUCCGUUCCAACCGGAGCCUGUGCUCCUCCAAGGUCAGGGAAGACUCUGCUCCACUCUUCCCAUGGGAUACCAACCCAGGUUAGCAUUCCUGGGGGCCGUUAGCAAACAGGAGCAGUGGGUAUCUGUGGGGGGUUAGCAGCGUGCUCUGCUCGCAAGCCUUCACAGGGGUGGAGGAGCAACAUGUCAGGAUAGGGUGAAGGGUGUGGUCUGGAUUCCCAGAAGCUUAGCUUGAUGGGACCACGGUGGGGAGUUAGGACCUGUUCUGCCCUUCGUUUUAAGGGCCAGUGGCAACCCAGAGACUCUUCUGUCAGGGAGAACCAGGGACUGUCUUUUAGAGCCAUAUAGUUCCUUGGGAUUAGCUCUUGGCCAGGAAGGCUGAGUAUGGCUCCCAAUUUUUAAAUCCAUUUCAUUUUUUUUAAACGAGGGAAAUGGAUAUAAUUUUUCAAAUAUUAAAUAGGUGGAGAGGAUGUUCUUGCUCUCCAGAGCCCAAAGGGACAAAUAGGGACUUCGCUUAGGCCAAGGAAAGAGCGGAAGUGGGGCAACUCAGUCCUGCAAUUAUUAAUCCCACUCCCCACUUACACUAGGGCGUACAUAUACUAUUUUACUUUUUUAAAUCAUAAACGGCAGGAGAACAGAUUUGGUUAGUUUAGAAGAAGAGAAAAAGCUCUAUAAAUAUAAAUAUAUAUUCCUGUAUUUUUAUUUAAUAAUUUAUAAAUGCCAAGUUCAUUUGACUUUUAUUUUUGUGUAAUAUGUAAUGGUCGUAUUAAAAAUAAAUAAAUAAAGCCCAGAAAUUUAAUGAGAA